CGCCGAAUCUUCGAUUCAAGACCCCUACACGAUUUCGCAAUCCAUGCCAUGGCCUUCGGAACCUGCACGACGGUUAGGUCUUGAGUCUCUCCCCAACCCAGCACAACCCAUCUUCGAUUCUCGUUAUUCCGUUUCCAACGAACUGGCCGCAUCGGUGUCGUGGCCUUGUUCGAAUGCCUCGCUGCUCUCACCUGUCGCCCACCAAGACAAUUCGCAGUAUUCUUCGGCGCUCGAUCAAUGGUACUCCUCUUCGACUCCGAUGAAUACCUCGACAGCUUUCGGGGCAGUAUCAGGCUAUACGACACCUUUCAACCCCCCGGCUUGCGAAGCCUCUUCCAGAAACUCAAAUUACACCAUCAGCUCUGCUUCCUCAGUUGUCGCAUCUUCGCCUUGCGCGCAUUCUGAUGGUUGCGUGCAGCCCGUGAGUCCACCAAGUAUCAAGCAGGAAGAAGCGGCGGAUCGCAGCAAAGACCGUUUAUACUCCGUUCCUGGCCUCGCGCCAUACACAACACCCUCACACGUCAAUCCUGGCGACAUCUACACAACACCUCCUCUGAGUGCUGCGGAACAAGCCUCAUUCGCAGCCAUCUUCGCUCAAACCAAGGUUGAAGCAGACCAUACGAAGCCGAUGACGGAUCCCGCAUCGCGCUCACCGCGUAGAGCACUAUCUUCAGAAGACGCACGCAGUCCUGGCGGCGAUGGGCGAGUGAAGCGCGGAUACACUACAAAUGCCAACUCAACCUGCGAGUGUGACAAGUGCGGCAAACUGUUCCAGCGCAGCUACAACCUGAAAGCCCACAUGGAGACACACGACCCUGAGCGAGAGCAACCUCAUGCGUGUCCGUACCCUGACUGCAAGAGGCGCUUUGUUAGACGGACUGACCUCAUGCGGCACGAGCAAAGCGUCCAUCUGAAGACACGAAACUUUCACUGCCCACUAUGCUUCAGCGCCUUCGCACGAAAAGACACGCUUCGCCGUCACGUCGAUGAUGGCUGCCCUCGUCGCGAACAAGUCAGGAAACGCGGAGACAGAUUCAGUCCUUCUACUUCUUCCGCUGCACCGCAUGACACAAGUCCUCAUCAAUUCUUUUCUCACCAUCAACAAACACCUUCCGCCUUCAUGAUACCCAGGACCGAACCUUUUUAACGCACAAUGCGAUGAAUCACGAAUUUAUGCCACUUAUCAUACAUACCACGAGGCCGAUAGCUUGAAGGAUCAAAGGCAAGGAACCCCCAAAAAUCCUCCCCUGAUGAUCGUCGUCGGCGCUGCGUGCUCCAACAUGCCACGAAAGCCGGCAUGAUGCAGGAUUCUUGAUUCUCGAUCUUCGCUACUGACGACUCGUGUGCUUUCGGAGGCAUUACUGUAGAGAGCUACAUACAUAUCCAUACGAGGUGGCUACCU